AUGACAGAGAAGGCAUCGGCUUCAUUGCAACAACUGCAGGGAACUUUAACGUUGUUUGAAUCGGAUUGGCCAGAUUUACUAAACACGGAUUGCAACCCGCUAGAUAUCGCUCUACCAUUGAUUGACGAGAAUGGGCUGUUGAAUUACAAGGACUUUAAUGAUCUAAGACGUCAAUUCACACAGCAAUUGCAGCGGGCGGUGAACGCAAACUACAUGGCUUUCAAUGACAGUAUAGGAUCAUACGGAAUUUCCAUUGAAACGUUGAAUCAAUCGCAGGAUAGGUUGUCCAACAUAAGAGAAUGUUUGGACUCUGUGAAUACCAUGCUAAACUCGCAAGCCAAUAUAUUAGGCGAAUUGAAUACCAAAAGAAUGGAGCACGGUCAGAUCUUGAAUAUGCUGGAGGAAAUAAAUGACGUUCAGAAAAAACUAACCAAUUUACAAGAGUCUGUUGAGAACCGAGAAUUUGAGAAAAGUGUGAAUUUAGUGAAAGAAAUUCAGGAAAUUUUUAGUGACAAUCGACUUUCUAGCAUUGAUGGGCUACAAAGCCUACAGCUGAGGUUAAACUCGUCUGUUUCUUUGUUGCUUGAUGGAUUAAUUGACGAAAUUGGAAACUACAUUUACCUGAAGAACUCAUCGAACAUCAAUGCGGAAAAUGCAGCAACCUCCAAUAGAAUAUCUGUGAAUAAAGGCUUGCUAGCUUUUAUCAAAAAACUCAAUGGUAAAUCUAUUGGUGAAGAUGAGGAGCUCGAGAUUCAAAAUGGGCGGUAUGACGAGCUGCUAGCGAGAUUCAAGUUUGUUCAGAAAUUGAACAAAGAAAGUGAGUGUUUAUCAAGCUUGAUUGACAAUUGCGAUAGAGAAAUCAAACAGAUUAUUAAAAGGUCUGUAAAUGAAGUCAAAAACAAAUUUCCAGCUCAAAUCGAACUUAACUCCUCUAGUUUAAGUGACAAGAAAAAUCCAUUUGCAAGUUUCAACUUAUUGCAAGGUUUGAAUGGUGUGAUUAUUAAAGAGGUAUUCGAAAGUAUUUUUAGCAGAGUCUUGUUUUUGAUUCAGAGGCAUAUAGUAAUUUACGAGAUUGCCAAGAUCAGUGGGUAUAAGUACAAAAUCUCCAAGAUUUUGAGAGAAGUUCAAAAGCAAAUAAGUUUGAUAAUUUUCAACUACGUCAUUGAUGAAAAUCUUUUAAAUGAUUUGGAAGAGUUGGACCUCAAGUCCAAAAAUAAGACAGGUAACACUCCCUUUGAUAAGGUUCCAAAACAAUUUGAAAGCAUUGAGAACGGACCGAUGUUUCAAUUUUCGAAAUUAUCGAUAACUUCUCUAUCUGGAGAUCUUAUCGAUUCUUUGAAUAAUAUUUUUGUUAGCCAAGGACAGGGAAUCAUAUCAUCUGAGUUCACCUUCCAAAAUAAAAUGGACAGCUCGAUCUUCAUAGGUGUCGAUGACGUCAAUGAGAGUAAAAAGAACAUUUUGGUCCCACCAAAUAUCUUCAACAUGGCCUAUAUUAUUGAUGAAUUUAUCAGCUUCACAAACAAUUUACUGACGAUAUAUCCAAGUACCGAGCAGCAGAAAACAAAUAUGAAUGGAGUAGUUGUGUUUUUCAACCAAUUUAUGGACGUAGUUUUUGUUUCCCAACUUGAAAAUUCAUUAAUAUAUCAAUUUGAUAAGCUUUGUGAACAUAAGUGGAAAACCGAUCAAUUACUAGAUGCUUCACUUUCUUUUGAGCAGUUCUUCAAUAAAGUAACAAUUUUAUUGGACACUACUUUAUACCACAGGCCUUCCUAUGUUCACAUAAUAUUUAAACUACUGUACAAGAUUAGUGACAAGUUUAAAGAUAUUCAAGAGACUUUGUUGAAAACCAACGAAUCUAAGCUAUUGAGUAAAUGGAUUAACGACUCCAAGCUAAAAAUGAUUUCAAAUGAUAUUGUCAAAAACUUGCUAAGUAAUAGUCAAACGAGUGAAGAGUUUCAGAACCUAGAUUCUUUGCAGUCAAAGGAACUAACAUAUGCCUUAUCGAUUGGAGGCACCUAUAUUCCAGCGAUGAACCCAAACAACUUUUUGACAUUGGAGCGCAUGAAGUCUCUAGUUGAUUUAUUGGCGUCACUGUCUAACGUCCUGGCAUGGCUACCAAAGAUGAAGCGGAAAGCACCAGAACUCUUUCAAGGAAUAGACCUUGUGCAAAAAUUGAAAGAAACAUGGUCAUUAAGUAUAUUUAAUGACAGUGAGUUUCCAUUGACUGUGGUUAACCUCGAUAAUGAGAACAAUAAAAGUUUCAAAAUUAACAGUAGUGAUGACAACAAUAAGGAUAGCAAUGGAACUUAUCUGAACAACGAAAUUGAAGCUGAUAUUCAAGGAUUCAUUGCCCUUGACACCCAAUCUGGAAAAGAGUUUGAAGGAAUUGUCAACACUUUGAAAGGAUUGAUGAAUGAUGUUGAAAUCUUGAUUAGGUAUGAGAUCCGAGUGGAAUGCAUUUGGUGUAUGAUACAAAUGAUGGUCAAUAAGCAAUGGGAGCAACAAGGAGAUGAGAGUGUUGAUCUAGGGGUUGACAAGUUUUGCGAUAAGGUUAACAAUAUCAGUCGAAUCUUCACUAGGAUAAGUAAAAACAUCAUGGACAAGUCGAAGGAUGAGAUCCGGAUCCGAAUAUUCGGAGGUCUUGGUUUCUGGAUUGACAAGUUGAGCAUUUUUGAAAGUCGUAGAAUUGAAGUGAUGGGAAAGAGUGGAUGGAUGAAGAUGAUUGUCAACUUAAGAGUUCUACAGCAGGUUAUCAAAAGCAUCGACAGUGACAUCCAGUCUGACUUUGAGAUUGGUGGGGGGGUGAUGAACGGCUCCCUCAAAUACUUCACCCUUGGCAUGGGUGGUGAGAGGUUCAUCAUGAGUAUUGAGAAGCUCCAGAGCGAGGGUCUCAGCUUCAGCGAGGAAGACUGGAAGAACCUGAUCCGACUUGUGUAUAGCGAGAAGCUGAAGAAAGAAGGUGGCGGGAAUGUCAGCAAGAAGUACAUGGCGGCACAGGCAAGGUUGUUGAAGACCCUGGCGGUGACUAUAGCUAAGAAUUAG